UUGGUUUCAUUAGUGCUACUAAUCUGUUUGAUGGGCACGAAAGGAUCAGCUAGCAUGGUUGUUCCAUGUAACAUCUACAAUUCCUCGCAGUAUGCAGGACUUUCCGCAGACUGCACCCACCGAAAUCUUACAAGUGUUCCCUCAAAUUUGCCAUCUGGCAUUGUUUUCCUAGAUAUCAGUGAUAACAAACUUGAGGUAUUAGACAAUUUUGCAUUUAAAACAUUGCCAAAACUAAGACAUUUGAUAGCAGUAGAUAAUAAUUUAAAAUAUUUAAAGAUGAAAACAUUUCACGGCUGUGCAUCUUUAGAAACUCUAAAUAUUGCAUCAAAUUCUCUCGAAUACAACAUCAGUACCUUCCCAACUGGGGUAUUUGAACCGCUAAUAAAUCUCACAACACUACAUUUAGAAGAGAAUAUUGACACUCCGUUUGGAUCUUACCCCGAAGGCCUGUUCAAACCACUGCACAAUUUAGAAAACCUUUACAUUGAUAUAUUUGCCCACACAGUGUUUGACGAACAAUUUGGUUUUCUGUAUAAUCUUCAAUUUCUGAAAUUAUUUUGCCAACAUGCAAACCUUUUUAACAAAACGUUUACAGCUUUUAAUAGGUCUAAGCUGGAGUUUCUUUACUUGGAUUCUUGCAGUUUGACCGAUAUAGAACUCGACACUUUUAAACCACUCAUUUCCCUUCGUCAUCUGAAGAUAGAAGGACGACCAUUAGGAAUUCGAAAAGCAUUUUUAUCAUUGCAUGGACUUCAACACAGGUCAAUGGAGACUAUUCAUUUUCAUAGAGUUUUAGUGGCCAUAUUUAGCCUUGCAAAAGAAAGACUAGAAUCGACAAUGUUGGAUUCACAAGCUAUAAAAUAUUUGAGGAACAUAUGCGUCAAACAACUGAUUGUGGUUGAUUGUAAUAUAGUGGUAAUAGAUGUUCCAAGUCUAAGAGGAACCAUUUUCUCAAAGUGUAUUGAGCAUAUUGACAUGCACAAAAACAACGUCCAAACUUACGAUUUAUCAUAUAUUUUUACUGUAUUUUCGUUCGUUCGUCUUCGUUUUUUGGAUAUUUCUUUUAUUCACAACGGGAAAAGACGUUCUGUUCUGAAAGCAAGUACAACAUCUGUCAUCGAUGCUGGAAUCAGUAUAUUCAAAUUUAGAAGAACCUCAAAUUGGCCGAUUACUUUACCACAUAAUAUAAGCUUGAUUAAUAUAUGUGGUGUGACUGCAAAUUUUGCAAAAAUUGUUAAACCUGAUUUAAAAUUUGUUAAUGGAGAAGCAUUGAAAGUGAUUAAUAUGAGUUUGAUUGGACUGACAUAUGUUGGUGCAAAAAUAACAGGUCUUGAAAACCUGGAUACACUGGAUUUCUCGUAUAACCCUGAUCUAAAUAUCGAACCCAGCUUUCUGGAUGUAUGUCCAAACAUUAGAAAACUUUAUUUGGGUGGAAAAUCUCUAAAACAAAAUUAUUUGAUGGAAAAUGGAACAAGGCUCUUUCAAAAUUUGAAACACUUAACAGAGUUAGACAUUUCACAUAACGAUUUGAGUAUUCUGCCAAAGGAUUUGUUUAAAAAGAACUCUAAUAUAAAAGUGAUUAAUUUAGCAGGUAAUAAAUUUCAAAUAUGUUCCAUCAAUACCAAAGAUACACCUCAACUUUCUAUACUGGACCUUUCUGACAAUUCUCUGAGCUUCCUCGGUGAUACUACCAUGGCAGAACUAGACAAGAUGGUAGAACCAGAUUCUAACAAAAGCUUCUCACUGAUGCUGAAAAAUAACUUCAUGUUUUGUGGAUGUAGCAGUCAGAGGUUCAUUCUAUGGCUGUUUGAAACUCCGGUGCAACUUGACAACGGCGGAAACUACAAAUGCAUAUCACAAAAUGGCUCUAUUACAACUACAGGCGACAUCUAUAAUCGUUUUGAGGGAGAAUGGCGGUCCUGUGUUAGCCAUUUCUGGCUUUCUCUGGCUGUAAUAGGAUUAAUUAUGCAAGCGGGGACUGUUUUGUUUAUUAUUUUAGUAAUAAAAUUCAAAUCAAGAAUUAUUUGCUUUUUUCAGAGGGUCUUUGGAGCUCCAUUACGCUUACCACAACGUCGUGACUUUCAAUAUGAUGCGUUUAUAGGUUACUCGCAAUCUGGCAUGCACUUUGUGUGCUUGAACAUGGUACGGAAUUUGGAACAAGUACGGAAUUUGACACUUUAUUUACGCGAUCGGGAAAUCCCCCCGGGGGAGGACAUGGUUGACGGGAUCUUGUUUGGGAUAAAUAAAAGCUGGAAAACUGUGUAUGUGUUGACACCAAAUGUCGAUGAAGACCAGUGGAUGACAUUUGCAGUGAAAGCUGGCGUCUAUAAUGUAACCGAUCUAAGAAUUGACCGUGUGCUGGUGCUGGUGCACAGUGAGUAUGAUCAACAGAUUCCUGAUCCCAUUUUACGCGUUAUUGAUGAGGACUGCAUAUUCAGAUAUUCACCACAAACCACUGACCGCGAUCCGGUCUGGAAUAACCUGUACGAUGCUAUUGUUGGGCGUCAACACUAAAUCUGAAAAAGUGAAUUGUAGUAUGAUAAGUUAUUAUCAUAAUAUCAUCUUGAUUGUCAGCUUUGGCAAAGUAACCUGAGCCUUGUCUGUCAACCGAUAUGCUAAUGUUGAAUUCAAAUUCCUGGCCUUCAGUUUUACUUCUUCUCAUCCUCAUUCUUCUUUGUCUGCUUCUUGUUCUUUUUUUCUUCUUCUUUCACUGCUUUUCCCUUUUGUUCUUCACCUUCGUUCCUUGGAAAAGGACAUAGCUCAGUGAUAAAGUGCUCGCCUGUUGGUGGGCCCAUUGAGCUAUUUCUUGUUCCCGCCAGUGGUUCUGGUCAUCCAGGUUUUUGUAAUACCCCAAAAUGCAAUUUCGA